AUGCUCUUUCUCAUCAUCGCAUCAGCUUUAUGUCUAUGGAUAGGAUACUAUUUGUAUAAAACUUACCUAAAAGCCGGAUAUUGGGACAGUAAGGGGGUGCCCAACCUCAAGGGCCAACCAAUCCUGGGGCUCCAAUGGCACGCUUCCGACCCGAACGGCGCAUGGUUUCCGGAAUUACCCAAAUAUACAAAGAAAUUCGGCAAAAUAUGGGGUUAUCAAGAGGGUGCCACCAGUGUUUUGGUGGUUUCCGACCAGAAAACUGUCAAAGAACUGCUGCAUACCAGAUUUGACGAUUUCCAACAAAGAAAGCCGAUGAAUCCGCUAUUUCAACAAGAAGCCGAUGAUCCCCUCGCCCACCUAGCUGCCGCGUGGGGCUACAGAUGGAAACGCCUGCGAUCCCUUGUUUCACCACAGUUUUCGAAUAGCAGCUUGAAAAAGGUUUUACCUACCGUAAAAAGCUCUACCCAAGAAAUUCUACGGCUCAUCGCCGAAAAAGAGGGGCAAGAAAUUGAUAUUCACGACUAUUGGCAAGAGCUUACCGCUGACAUCAUUUCCCGCGUCGCAAUGGGCCAAAAAGAAAGUACCAUGUUCCGCAAUGCCUACAUCAAAGAGCUGAAAUUCAUACUUGGUCGUGACCCGCGGGACCCGUUCUUUAUCUUAGCCUGCAUUUUUCCGGGCAUGAAAAAGUACCUCCGUGCAUUCUUCAUUUUCUUGGGCAAAAUCUUUAUGCUGGCUGGUAUGCCGCUGAUUAUACAAAUCAAAAACGCUGUUGUUGAGCGGAAAAAGGAGAGAGCUCAAGGCGGCGCCACUUCCGAAGAGAAAGAGCUCGUCGAUUACAUUGACCUGUUUUUGGACGCGGAAGCCGAAGUGGAUCUGAAGGCCGAGGAAAACGCGGAUAUGCGGCAAAGCCAUGCAAUCCGUCACCUGGUAGAGGACGAAAUCGUAAUGCAGUGCUUCAUCUUCCUACUUACCGGCUAUGAUACUACAGCAAAUGCACUGUCAUAUACUAGCUGGUAUUUGACGAAAUAUCCUGAAAUCCAACGCCGAGUGCAAGAGGAAAUCGAGCAAGUUUGCACUGAGAAAGAGAUCACCUACGAGCAGCUCGGGGAACUGAAAUUUUUGGAUAUGGUUGCGAAGGAGGUGCUGAGAUUGCACCCGUUAGGGACUAUGGCUUGCUGCCGGGUGGCCGAGCGGGAUUGCGAACUUGCCGGGGUCAAAUUGGAAAAGGGCGAUGCUAUUCAGGUCGAUGCCUAUUACAUCCAGCGCAAUCCGGAGAUUUGGGGCGACGAUGCCGAGGAGUUCAACCCGGAUCGAUGGCAAAAUUUAACUUCCGAACAAAAAGAAGCAUAUCUAGCUUUUGGUGCGGGUCCUCGACAGUGUGUAGGUCUUAAACUAGCAUACAUGGAGGAGAAGCUCGCUCUGGCCUCCCUCUUACGAGAUUAUAACCUCGAAGCUGGCCCGAACUUCGAGAAAUCGCUGCACCUGCUCGGCUGGAUGACCGUCGCCCCGAAAUCCGUGACAGUUGUUGCCCAGAAAAGGACGGGA